CAGAAUGCAAGUCUGCAUCUCCCCCGACCCCCAAUUUCGAGUCUCAGGAUACAGACACAAGUAUAACAAGGCGCAGGAUCGUCCUGUAUUGCUAGCUGUGGAUGGUCGAUCAAUUAGUGUACAACCGUAUAUAGUCUUUUACCGCACGGAAUUCUGCAUAGUUUAGCCGUCAAGGAUAGUUGGGAAUUAGCACAAAGAAUGUCGGUCGAUUUGGUAUUGAAGCCGUCGUGCAACGGCUGCGGAUCGACGGUGGAGCUGUAUGGAAGCACGUGCAAGCACUUGACGCUUUGCGUGACUUGUGGGAAAAAUAUGGCUGAGAAACGUGUUGCUUGCUACGAGUGCGGGGCUCCCAUCACCCGCUUGAUUAGGGAAUACAAUGUCCGGGCAAGUUCAAGUGGCGACAAAAAUUACUUCAUUGGAAGAUUUGCCACGGGACUACCAACUUUCAAGAAGAAGAAUGAGAAUAAAUGGUCACUUCAGAAAGAAGGCCUGCAGGGGCGUCAUGUUACUGAUACCUUGCGUGAGAAGUUCAAAAAUAAACCAUGGACGCUUGAAGAUGAAACAGGCCAGUUUCAGUAUCAUGGUCAACUUGAGGGUUCACAGUCAGCAACAUAUUACCUUCUUAUGCUUCAAGGGAAGGAAUUUGUUGCUAUCCCAGCAGGUUCUUGGUACAAUUUUAACAAGGUGGCACAAUAUAAGCAACUCACUUUAGAGGAAGCAGAAGAGAAGAUGAAAAAUAGAAGGAAAACAGCUGAUGGUUAUCAGAGGUGGAUGAUGAAAGCAGCAAACAAUGGACCUGCUGCAUUUGGUGAAGUUGAGAAAUUUGAUGAUAAAGAAAGUUCAUCUUUUAGUGGGAAGGGGCGUAAAAAACAAACAGGGGAUGAGGAGGAAGUCAAUGCUUCAGAUAGGGGAGAAGAAGAUGAAGAAGAAGAAUCAGCAAGAAAAAAUAGGCUAGGACUCAACAAGAAAGGUGGGGAUGAUGAUGAGGAAGGACCAAGAGGGGGUGACCUUGACUUUGAUGAUGAUGAUAUUGAGAAGGGUGAUGAUUGGGAGCAUGAGGAGAUAUUCACUGAUGAUGAUGAAGCAGUUGGGAAUGAUCCCGAGGAAAGGGAUGAUUUGGCCCCUGAGAUUCCUGCUCCUCCAGAAAUUAAGCAGGAUGAUGAGGAUGAGGAUGAAGGUGAGGAAGAAGAGGGAGGACUGAGCAAAUCCGGAAAAGAGUUGAAGAAACUGCUUGGACGAGCUAAUGGUCUGAAUGAGUCAGAGGCAGAGGAGGAGGAUGAUGACGAUGACGAUGAUAUGGAAGAUGAUAUAUCACCUGUACUUGCACCGAAGAAAGAAGUUCCUAAGGAAGAGCCAGUUGAUAAUACCAGUCCCGCAAAAGCAACUACUUCUGCUGCCAGUCGUGGAACACCAUCUACUUCAAAGUCAUCAAAGGGAAAAAGGAAAAGUAGUGGAGAGGAAUCGAAAGCAAGCAACAGUGCACCUGCAAAGAAAGUCAAAACUGAAACUGACGUCAAACCUGUGAAAAAUGAGAAUGCUCCUACAAAAUCUACUACACCAAAUAAAGGUCCUUCAUCAGCACCUUCGUCAAAGAGUGGAUCUGCACCACCCCCAACCGGACCAGUUUCUGAAGAUGAAAUCAGGGCUGUUUUAUUACAGAAGAAACCUGUGACCACGCAAGAUCUGGUGGCUAAAUUCAAAUCAAGAUUAAAAACCAAAGAUGACAAGAAUGCUUUCGCCGAGGUGUUGAGAAGGAUAUCGAGGAUACAGAAGACCAACGGCCCAAAUUACGUGGUUCUGAGAGAGAGAUGAAAUGAGAUAGAGAUAAGAGAUAUCAAGUAUGCUCAUCUUUGAUAAAUCUCAGAGUUGCCAUGUUGUGUGUGGUAGUUACUGUACCAAUCAUCUGACUGAUAUUACUCUGUGAACAUGAACAUACACAUUACCCAAACAACAGCAACGCUAUCGGCUUGCUACUGUCGCCCAUCUCCAUAGGGUGAAAAAAGUCGGUACAGUUGAGUUGGAUAAUCAUCAGAAGCAGCCUGUACCAUGAUGUUACAAUGCCCAAUCAUAUACAAAUGCUUUUUUUGGGUU